CCUUGAUUGUAGUAGUUGCCGUGUCAGAGGCAGAAACGUCAACAGACGGCAAAAUUACUUCACCCUGAAUAACUGUUCCAAUUUGUCUUUGCCCUUUUGCAGAGGACCAGCGCAUCGAAACGACAUUGCCUGGCAAAGUCAUAUUGAAUUAACGUUACUUAUUUGAUCAUCUGCCAUUUCCCAACAAUGCACGGACGAGUGAAGCUGAAGUCUACAGCCCAGCAGGAGGAGGAGAAGAGAAAAGAGAGGGAGAAGAAGCUCAAGGUUUACGUGGCAACACGGGAUGCCUGCUUCAACAAGAGAAAAGAUGGGGCAAUGGAUGAUGAGGCACUGCAGUUGACCCAGCAGCUCUUGUCAGCUAACCCAGAUUUUGCCACACUGUGGAACUACAGGAGGGAGAUUCUGAUGUAUCUGGAGACAGUGAAAGAGGAGGAUGAGGUGCAGAAGCAGUACGACGCCGAGCUGGUCUUCCUGGAGGCGUGCCUGCGCGUCAACCCCAAGUCGUAUGGCUGCUGGUACCACCGCGGCUGGGUGUGUGGCCGGCAGCCUCGUCCCAACUGGGUCCGGGAGCUCGCUCUGUGUGACGAGUGCCUGGCCCUUGACGACCGUAACUUCCACUGCUGGGAUUACCGCCGUAUGGUGGUGAAGGCAUCAGGCGUGCCGGUGGAGCAGGAGCUGCAGUUCACCGAUCGUUUGAUCGGGUCUAACUUCUCCAACUACUCCAGCUGGCAUUAUCGCAGCACCCUCCUGCCCUUGCUGCACCCACAGUCCCCUGAUCCGCCGGCCAACUGCCCCCAUCCCCCCAACAGCUCACCACCCAACUCCCCCCACACCCACUCCCACCGCGUCUGUGAGGAGCAGCUGCUCAAAGAGUACGAGCUGGUACAGAAUGCUUUCUUCACCGACCCCAAUGAUCAGAGUGCCUGGUUCUACUACCGCUGGCUUUUGGGAAGAGCGGAGCGUGAAGAGAUGAUCAGCUGUGUAUACAUGAGUCGCGAAGGAGAGCGAGUUGUGGUGGCUUUCUCCAGACCCGUCAAUGCUCAGACGGUGGGCCUGAUGUUGGUGUUGGAUGGGCAGCUGCAGCGGGUGGAGUGGAGGAGCGCCCCGCCCUCAGUGAGACACACCCCGGUGUGGAUUUGUGAGCUUCCCCCAGGCACCAUCAGUGACAUCAACAAUGAGCAUAACCUCACCGUGCAUUGGACCGAGAAGCACACGCAGAGAGAGUGUGCCCUCUACUCUAGUCGACCUGAGAGUUGGUGCAGGGACUCUGCCACAGACCAGGAGCUUUUCAGGAGCGAGCUGUCUGUGGAGAAGACCUCAGUGCUGCAGUCUGAGCUUACGUCCUGCAACCAGCUCAUGGAGCUGGAGCCAGAGAACAAAUGGUGUCUGUUGACCAUCGUCCUCCUGAUGAGAGCCCUGGAUCCUCUGGGCUAUGAGAGGCAGACGCUGGUCCACUUUGAGAAAUUAAAGGAAGUGGACUCCAUGCGAACCAGUUACUACAGUGACCUGUGCAGUAAGUUCAUGAUUGAGAACACCAUCCUCAAAAUGGAGUACGCCGAGGUCAGAGUCUUCAGCAUUUCUGAGAAGAACCUCACCACCCUGUGUCACCUGGACCAAUUGCUAUUGGUCACUCACAUGAACCUCUCCUCCAAUCAGCUCUCCCGGAUUCCACCACAGUUCUCAAUGCUGCAGUGCUUAGAGGUCCUUGAGGUUAAGGAUAAUCUCAUCGAGAGUUUGGAGGGCCUUUCCAAUCUGCCCAAGCUGGAGGAGUUGUGCCUGAACAAUAACCAAAUCUCCAAAAUCUCUCAGCUGAAACCGCUGGCCUCCUGCUCAAAACUGACCCGCCUUGACCUCCGUGACAAUCCCAUCACCAAGAUGGACAACCUUCAGACCGAGCUUGCAGAUCUGUUGCCAUCGGUUACAGACCUCAUGCUCUAAUCAAACCUUCACCAAACCAGACACUUCAUGUGUGUGUGUGUGUGUGUGUGUGUGUGUAAGUGUGUGUUCCUAUGUAUGUAUGUAUGUAUGUAUGUAUGUGUGUAUAUCUGUGUGUAUGUGUGUUGGAAUAUGUGUGUUUGAGUGUUUGGUGUUGAGCAUGCCAGCCUGUUUCUGACAGUAACAAUUUUGUUACAGGUGUCUGUUCAACCACUAUUUAUUCAACUUCCUCUUUUGAAGGCACUGCAACUGUAGAAGUGUUCUCACAAACAUUCAUGUAUGUGUGUUUGCGCUGGCUGUCUGUGUAUGAGACGUCUCUUUGUGUGUGUGUAUGUGUGUGUGUGCAUGUGUGUGUUUGAUGGAUGUUGGUAUGUUGCUGCUAUAAAUAUGUUUUUGUUACUAUAUAUUUUGAAGUCCAGCAAACCUAACUGCAUGUUCAGACAUAAUAUUAAAACUGCAUUCCUGCGUAUUUGCGUAGGUAGGUGCCUGUGUGUGUGUGUGUGUGUGUGUGUGUGUGUCUGUGUUUGUUCUGUGUGUGUGUGUGUGUGUGUGUGUGUGUGUGUGUGUGUGUGUGUGUUUGUUGUGUGUGUGUGUGUGCGUGUGUGUGUGUGCGUAAGGGUGUAUUCUCUCCUGCUUCUGCAGUACUAACAGACUCUGCUUCCUGUAUAAUUGUAAUGGAUACUAAGGCAGUAAAAGGACAAGGGUGAGAUGCUCUCAUAUGAUGGUUUACGGUAUAUGUAAUCUUUAAGCACAGAUUGCUCAGUAUUGAUCCUUGAAGAGCCCACAUUGUCAAUAGUUGUAUUAGCCAAACAGUCUCUAUCUGAAUCAAAAACUUAACUUAAACAGCCUUAAGUUUCCCAGUCAUUGUUAUUGGGUUCUCCGUUAUGCCAUGGUAGGCAUUACCGUGUACACCACCAUGGUUAGCUAUAUAAGUCUUUGUAAAGGUUUCCUACCAAACUACCAAGUUUUCUGUCUCCUUGAGAAAAGAGAGAAAGAACUGUUAGUCUUUUCGUUUGCUUUUUAAUAUAAAUGGUUAUGCUUUAUUGAUAGAUCAUAUGAAAUUCAUGUUGAAUAAAAAAAACAGCACAUGUGCUGUCACUGCCCCUACAGUA